GUUUUUUUUUUUUUUUUGUUUGUUUUUUUAUUGUAAUUCUCAGGUUAUUUUCAGUGGUCUGCUUGUUCUCCCUCCCCCUUUCGCUGAGGCGACAAACAUGGUGCACAGCUCAUCAUCGUCCUCGUCGUCGUUGCCUGCUGGUGGCGGCGGUGGUGGUGGGACUGUCCCCGCUACAACCACGGCUGCAGCUGCAGCAGCGGCACGACAGGCGAGCAGUUCGCAACAAGCAUCUCGAACGACCGCCCCGCCGACAGCGACAACCACGACAACAACGACGGCGAUGGCAUCCACCUCGACUUCAGCGUCGACGAGUGGUGGGCCGUCUGCGCCACCGUCGUCGUCGUCGUCGUCGCCUGUGCUCGCGCGCGCAGGCAGCAUUGGCGCCGAGGCUGCGUACAAGGUCAAGCGGCUCAUCGUCAUGGGUGUUUCAAGCGCCGCCAACACCAUUGCCGGCCAUGGCAGUAGCAGCAGCAACCAUGCAUCGUCCACCACAACGAAUGCCUCUGCGAGUACAGACAGUCCGAGCCCAAGUAGUAGCACAGACACCUCGAGCAAAAAGCCGUCCUUCUUGUCCAAGCAGCGCAAGGCCGAGCGCAAGCAGCAAAUUGUUGUUGCGGUUGCUCAACCGGUGCCCGCCGCAGUCGUCGCGUCCGUCCAGGCGUAUCCGACGCUGUCGACUGCGCUCAGUCCGACGCUGGCGAGCGCCAACUUUCUCAAGCCGACCACACGGCCGUCUCCGCGCAUUGCGGCUCCGGUGGUUGUCGCCCAGCCGCUCCCAUUCCCCGUCCCGUCGCUCAGCACCCAGCUGCCUCCGGCCUUGGCGAGCACCAUGCCGCAGCAUCUCUUGGGCCCAUCGCCGCCCGUCCAGUUCUUUUCUCGCGCUGGCGCGGACGAGAGCAGCGACAGCGAGGAAAACACGAGCGACUCUGGUUUGUCGGGAUCCGAGCUCAACGAGCAUUCGCGUGCGUUCAAGUAUCGGUUUGACUCGGCAAGUUGGACAAACACGGACUCGGCUGCAAGUGGCAGCAGGCACGGUAGAGAUGGCACGGCCGGCCCAGGCCCAGCCGACAGUGACGACCCCGACCCGACAGACGAUGACGCCGACGAGGAUUGCCAUUGCCCAUUGUGCUGUGCCACUACUGCGGAUGUGCCUCCAGCCGUGAUGCGCCGCCACAACCGACGUAGACACUCUACCUCCUGUCCCUUGAAAGCCCAGGGCGCCCGUCCAGGCCGGCGGUCGCCGUUCGACGCCACCGUGUGGACGUCAACUGCGUCGCUCAUUUCGACCGUUUCUGGCGCGUCUGCCUCGACCACGACCACUGCCUCGGCUGCCGGUCUUGCGAUUCACCCCGCCGUAGUAGUACCGGCAUCCGCCAUCCAUCCGUCCUUCAACGCCAUCAAUUCUCGCCGACCGAGCAUCGCCAGCAUCACCAGCGUCACCAGUGCAGGUAGUGCUGCCAGCACGGGUUCGCUCACUGGCUCCUCCAGUAACCUGCCAGAUUUGGUGGCCGUCACCAUGGGCGCUGCAGCAGCUGUGGCCGCGCAACGAGCAGCCAGCGAAGGCGCCCCGUCGUCCGCUUCGUCCAACUUGGCGGGCAGCGGCUCGAAUCCUCUCGCGGCCAACUCGGCUUCUGGGGUCAAUGGCACGGCCAGCUCUGCCUUUCCUUCGUCAUUCCCGUCGUCCGCAUCUGGCAAGCGGAAAAAGCGUCGUAGCAGCAGCAACGCCAAGCGCAGUCUGGGAAAUACUGGCGCCAAUUCGCCAACAGGCACGGGUACGACGUCACCGUCGUCUCCAAAUGCCUCAUUGGGCGCUUCUUCGUCGGUUCUCAUUCGCCCAACCAAGCACAUGCAAUCCAUUCACACCAGCCUUGGUCGGAGCAGCGGCGCGAACGGGGCCUUCUUUGUCGAACGCCAAAACCAGCAGCAGCUGCAACAACAACAACAACAACAACAACAACAACAACAACAACAACAACAACAACAACAACAACAACAACAACAACAACAACAACAACAACAACAACAACAUCAACAGCGUUUGUCUCCGCGCGCUUCUUGGAUGGAGGCCUAUCAACCUCCGGGAAGUCCUGGCCGUAGUGGAAAGGCCGGUUCGAGCUCGCCUUCUGCGGCCAACUCCUGGGCGUCGCACGUGCAUGAUCCCUUCACCACCACGUUUGCGCCGCAACAUCGAUCACGUCGUCAGCUGCCGGCGUCUUGGGUUGCGGAAAACCCUUCGGACUUGGACGAUUUGGACGAUCUCGAUGGCGUCAACCCCGCCGCGAACGACGCUCCGUUGAUUGCGCCCCCAUUGCCACCUGGUUCCAGCAACGUUGCAUCGCCAGAGUUCCCGACGGUGCAUUACUCGGAUCUUCUCCAUCUCCAGCAAGAGAUUGAGCAGCAACUCAGGCUUCAGCGCGACGCUGCCAGCCACUCGAAUUCGACCUUGGACGUUGGUCACGGCACCGCAAACCUCACUCAGCUUCCUCCGUCGGGCCCUCCCACCCCGCUUGCCCUCGCCCCGAGCUCAUCUCCGCCUCCCACCCCUCCAAUGUCGCCCAUCAAGUCUGCCGAUGAAGAAGCGACCACCCCAACGCCCGCGACCGUCGGCAUGCGCUCCUUCUCGGCCGUGCUGAUGAGGCUGCCGCACGACUCUGUGUCGAGGACUGUCUCGCUUCCUUCAUCGCAGAAUCAGCCGGUAGUCUCAGCGUGGCACCAACAGCAGUCCUCCGAGCCGCAGGUGCAACAAGCCCAGUUGCAACAACACCAGUCGCAACAACACCAGUCGCAACAACACCAGUUGCAGCACACUGCCCACUCGGCCAACUCGUUUGCCCCUCUUAAUAUGACCUCAGCUGCUUCGAACAGCUCGGUAUCCUUUGCCAUCUCAACCAACCGGCUCGAAACUGCUGCAUCGGCAGCUGCUGCUGCUGCUGCCGUUGGUGGUGGAUCGCUUGCUUCAGUGUUCCAAGCACCGACCCAUCUUCCUGCCAGUGCCACGUCCAGCUCGCGACAGCACCUCACAAAGUCGUCAUCCCUCCAAUCCAUCAAGUCGCAUCACUCGGCGCGCGGCGAUGCGGUCACUGGUCAAAUUGUGCGGAAGCGCGUUCAAAAAAUCUCAGAGUGGUUUGAGGACUUUAACGACAUUCAGCGCAACACGCUGCUGCGCAUGCUCAUUGAGCAGAGCGGGCCGUCACAGGUCCACUUUUUGUCCGUUCAGAUGGAGCCACGCAUGCACAAGCACUGCCCGCACAACUGUCAAGACAUUCUCGCAUGGUUGCCGGUGGACAUUUCCAUGCGCAUUCUGUCGUAUCUGGACGUAACGUCUCUGUGUCGAGCGUCUCAGGUGAGCCGCGCGUGGGAGCAUCUCGCCUCCGACUCGAGCCUCUGGAUGGAGCACUGUCGAAAGAGCGAAGGAUGGGUGAGCGCCGAAGAGCGCGAGCGCCAGCUUCAGCAUUACUCGCAUCCGUCGCCCGAGCUUGGCGGCGAGAUUGUCGUGGCAUGGAAGCUCAUCUUUGCCGAACGGUACCGGCUGAGGCGCAACUGGCUCAAUGGUCGCUACACUGUGCGCACCUUUGAGGGUCACUCGCAAGGCAUCUCUUGUCUGCAAUUCGACCACGUACGCAUCGUCAGCGGCUCCACCGACCGCACGAUUCGCGUUUGGAACAUUCGCACCAACACCAAAGCUGCCAUGACCCUGCACGGUCACUUGGGCACGGUUCGCUGCCUGCACCUCGACGGCACCACCCUUUUCAGUGGCUCCAGCGAUCGCACCAUCAAGGUGUGGGAUCUCAGUACUGGCACAUGCAAGGUCACCAUGUUUGGUCAUACCGACACGGUCCGUUGCUUGCGCGUACUCGGCGACCGCGUUGUGAGCGGCAGCUACGACACAACGCUCAAGCUGUGGGAUUGGCGCUCUGGCUCGUGCAAAUUGACGCUGCGUGGCCAUUCGGCUGCCGUGUUGUGUGUCCACCUCGACCAUACCAAGAUUGUUUCAGGCUCGAUGGACAAGACCAUCAAAGUGUGGGACGCCAAGACCGGCCAGUGUCUCCGCACUCUGACUGGGCACGACGAUGCCGUGACCUGUCUCCAGUUUGACGAGAGCAAGAUUGUCUCGGGCUCGUUGGACUCGAGUCUCCGCUUUUGGGACAUCACCACAGGGCUGUGCAUGGGGACGCUCGACUGGGUCCGGAAUGAAGGACACACUGGCGUCGUCCGACAUUUGCAGUUUGACUCGUGGCGCAUGGUCAGCGCGGCCGAUGACAAGACCCUCAAGGUCUGGAAUCUGCUAGCUGGCCAGCGCAUGCUUACCCUCCGGCACCACACUGACGGCGUUACGUGUCUUCAAUUCAACGAUUCCAGAAUUGUGUCGGGCUCCUACGAUACGACGGUCAAGUUGUACGACUUUUCCGUGUGCUAGAGGGAUAUGUUUGCUUUGUGUGAGUGUGUGUGUGUGAGGAAAAAGUCGUGUAUUGAGUAAUUUUUUAUUGUGAUGAAACCCCCCCCCCC